AUGUAUUUCAUUAUUUUAUUCCUGGUGCUCGUCAACCCUGGCACCCAACAAAUGACCUUGUGCGAAUACAUGCAACUUCUUGGCAGAGCUGGUCCAGGAUGCACAGAAACUAGCGGUACAGCUACCACGGAGGAGAGCAGACUGGCGAAAAUGAUUGCGAUUAUUGAAGAAAAAGAGGCGACUAAAAUGGUAGCACCAAGAAACAAAUGGAUUCUGUGCGGUUCACAAAAGUAUAGGGAUUGUAGGACUGAUAAAGAGUCCUGCGUGUCAGGUUAUAGUUGCCGUUCGCCUACAUCUGAUGAGAGAUGCUGUGUGAGUACAACAGCGAGAGUUAGGCUUUCAAGAACUCCCAACAAAUGUCCACCCACUGAGGAGAUGGGAUAUACUUGCACAUAUGGAAGUGGAAGAACACCGACGAAUUGGUGUAGCACUGAUGACGACUGUUCAGGCUCACCGGUGCAGUUGUGCUGCGAUACAGAAUGUGGAUUCAAAGUUUGCCUUUCUUCUCUGGAAUACGUUAUUGAUACAGAAAUGCUCAUAUUAGUUCUGGCUUUCAUUCCCAUAUGUUGGACGCAGAAGAUGAGUUUAUGUGAAUAUUUCAACAAAUUAGGAGUGGAAAGACGAGAAUGUGGCACGACAUCCACACUUCCUUAUAGAUCAACAGAUCAGUAUCGAACACAGUAUGACCAACCGCAAACAAAUUCGAUAGUGUCUUCUCAAUUGUUCGGUGCAUUACCCCUAUGUAUAAGUUAUUUUCAUUCGUGUAUGUCCUCAACAUCAUGUGAAUCGGGCACCAUAUGCACCAACGGUGUCAACGCAGGUUCCUGUUGCACAAAUCCAUCACACAAAACGUGCCCUUCUCCAACCUCUUUAAAUAUUUACUGUCGAAAGAUACGAGGCGUUAGUUGGUGCAACACUGAUUUUGACUGUCACGGGACCUCCUCCAUGCCAUCCAUUUGUUGCCCAACAGGAUGUAAUUACAACAUGUGUAUCCGGAGGGGUUUGCCUCCACCGGUACCACAUAUUCGAAGACAUAUUCCAGCAUUCUCUGCAUUGUCCGAACAAGAUACGACCCAUAUUCCGUCGACGGAUUGUCCUGACCCGUACACCCUAACCGCACGGUGCGUGGUUCGAAUGCCGACAAGCUGGUGUUUGACCGAUUCAGAAUGCCCCUCUUUGAACAUCAGUCAUCCACGAAAAUGUUGUGCAACAUCAUGCGGAUACAAUGUUUGCGCCAUCAAAUACAAUGGGAAAUGGAUGGUUGCCUAA